GCCCUUUAAGAGGAAUAAAGACAACAGCCCCGCACGAGCGCGUUUCGAUGCCGCCGCGCGCUUAACAACAUUUCACCAGUAAUUUACUCUCAAACGGAUCGUUUACCUCCGUCGUGAUUUAAGGAGGUGAAUUCGCAACAAGCGUGUAUAAAUGUUUUAAAUGUUAGAAGGGAGAAAUGCGACACCCGGCAGGUUGGCUCUCUGGUGCGUAAUUGAUUCGGACAUCCUGCAAACCAGCCAGUGUUCUGCCACCUCCACUCAUCUCAACCUGGGAGAGCUUCAGUUAAAAGGCCUCAAACGUAAACAACAAUGGAAGACAAGCGUAAGAAGCGCAGCCCCAAGGUGUCUCUUCCCCAGCCGCCUCCUCCACCAAUCAAUCCCCGCAAACUCUCUGUCCUGCCAGCCAGCAAAAGUGCCACCUUCUCCCUCGGCCUGCCGCAGCCCCCCUCCCCUAAGAACAGAAGCAAAUAUAAAAGAUCCAUAGGAGCUCCAGGACAGCCGAAAGAGGUGCUUACGACUGUCAUGCCCCCACCAAAGACCACCAGACCCCACAGAGAGAAACCCAGAGCCCCACAGCCAGCAGGACCCAGUAAGGUAGUCCAGUCUUCCCCCCUGCAGCACUCCUUCCUUACAGACGUCUCAGACGUCAGAGAGAUGGAAGGAGGCCUCCUCAACCUCCUUAAUGACUUCCACUCAGGCAAAUUGCAGGCUUUCGGUAAAGUUUGCUCCUUUGAGCAGCUGGAACAUGUGCGGGAGAUGCAGGAGAAGCUGGCACGACUGCACUUCAGCCUCGACAGCCACGUGGAGGAACUUUCUGAGGAUCAGAAGAAGUGUGCCUCGGACCACAACCUGGAACACCUGCUCUGCAAUCUGGAAGAGCUCAGCACCUCAAUACAAAAGCUCCACUUGGCUGAGAAUCAGGACCUGCCCAAGACAUCUGGACCCUAACAGAGCGGAGAUGCUCAGGACUGCACUCAUUCUCCCAACAUCCAGCAAAGCCCUGGUUGCCAUGGCAUUAAACCUGCUGCCUUAGAAACUGAGUGGGAAGAUCCAGUUUUAUUUUAUUAUUUCAUUUUGUCAGCGAAGCUGAGCUGAGGGGACAUUCCUGUGACCGAAUUUAGCAAAACAUGAAAUGAGUGAUCAACCAAAAGUCAUAAACGCCUCAUUAACAGCACAAAAUCCUGGAUGGUCUACUGAACAGGAAUGUGAUAAAAUAUGUUUUUAAUCGUUUUCAUCAUUUUUGAUAAACUGGCUUAUUUAUUUGUCACAUAGCUCCUGGUUUUCUGUGAAAAUUCAUACAUUUAUAUCUCGUGUUUGUAGCAUUCCUGCUGUGUUGCUUAAUUUGUAGACGUAUAUGUAUCUUUAUGUAGUGGUAAGAG